AUGAAGUCAUUUGCUAGCCCCCUUAUUCUCGGCGUGGCCGCUUUUAGCGCUGCCGCCCAGGCCAAUGGCUAUGACGACUAUAACCCUGUUCCGGCCCCGUCAUCCACAGUCGUCACCUAUGUUACAGAAGGCGUGGUCGUUACCGUCACUGUACCAUGCACCACAUCGACAGUACCGGAACCUACGCCGGUUUACACGCCGCCAGCCGCCGUUUGCCCGCCUAAGUAUAAAGUUGAUUGUGCCUGGCUCUGUUCUGAGGGCGGCGGUCAGGUCUGCGCGACGGCUCCCCGCGAUGACGGGAAAUGUACAGCCUGUCCAAGCGAGUUCUGUCCUGCCGCCGAUGCUUACAAUGCAGAUUGUGCAUUCCUAUGUGCUACUGCACACGGCGGGCCUAAGUUCUGCUCUGCUGCCGGCGGGGAGAAUUGCGAAGCGUGCCCUAGCCCGCCUCCUCCAACUCCCCCACCAGCUGAUAGCUGCCCACCCAAGUAUAAUGCCGAUUGUGGUUGGAUUUGUAGCGAGCAGGGAGGUACGCUUUGUGCGAAGGCUCCAGUCGAUGGGAAGUGCAAAGCAUGUCCUGAUGAGUCCUGUCCUGCUGCUGAGGCCUAUAACGCGGAAUGCGCGUUCUUGUGUGCUACCGCUCAUGGCGGGCCCAAGUUCUGUUCUGCUACUGGAGGGGAAACCUGUGCAGCAUGCCCCGUUCCACCUCCCCCAACGACUUACGCUCCGCCACCACCCACGACUAUGUAUACUGUUCCGGCAACAUCUUCGUCGGCACCACCAUCCCCACCUCCAGUUGACGCGACCUGCCCUGCUAAGUACACCCCAGGUUGUGCAUGGCUGUGUCCUUCUACUGCAGGUGCCAAAGUCUGUGCCGCCGAACCAGACUCUGAAAAGUGUGCUGCGUGCCCUGAUGAGACUUGCCCAGCAUACUAUGAUGCUUCCUGCGGGUAUACCUGCUCUACUCCGCACGGAGGACCUAAAUAUUGCUCCGAUGCUGGUGGAGAAAAUUGUUCAGAAUGUCCCGGGAAACCAACAACCCCAACAUAUGCCCCACCACCAGUUUACCCAGUUACCAAUACAACCAUUCCACCAAUAGCUGAACCAACUACAUAUACUCCCAUCCCAACCCCACCGCCUGCUCCAGUCGACGCAGUUUGCCCAACCAAGUACGCUCCUGGCUGUGCAUGGUUAUGCCCCAAUUCCAGCGGUGUUAAAACUUGCCUUGCCGUUCCUGACAGUCAGAAAUGCGAAGCUUGUCCAGAUGAAUCUUGCCCGAUUACCUCUGAUGCUAGUUGCGCGUAUAUUUGUUCUACUGCUCAUGGAGGUCCAAAGUUUUGUUCCGCUACCAGUGGGGAUGCUUGUGCUCCUUGUGGUAAUAAAACAACUCCUACGACCUCUCUCCCACAGCCAACCUAUAGCUCUAGUGCCUCAAUUUUGCAGCUUGGCACAUCAUUCUUCGGCCUUGUCGCCUUCUUCCUCGCCUUUUAA